CUCAAUCAUAAUCACCAACUCUAAUUCCCAUGGCUACAUCCAUCCCCAUCAUCUAUUUUCUCUUCACAUUUACAUUCAUCAAAGUUGUAGGAGCCAAUGUUGGCGUCAACUACGGCAGAGUAGCAAACAACCUCCCUCCUCCUUCCCAAGUUGCAAAAUUCAUACUAGAAAGCACGGUUAUCGAUCACGUCAAACUCUACGAUGCAGAUCCGUCGACCAUACAGGCUUUCGCCCAUACCGGUGUAUCCAUAGACGUCGCGGUCUCUAACGAGCUCAUCCAGAGCCUCAAGAGCCUCACCUUUGCUCGCCAUUGGGUCCGAGCCAGGAUCCUCCCCUACGCCCAUACAACCAACAUCACGCGAAUCUUGGUCGGUAAUGAAGUCAUCUCAACCGCCAAGAGAUCGCUCAUUGGCAGCCUGCUGCCCGCAAUGCAGAAUCUCCACACAGCUCUCGCCGCUGUAUCCCUCGAUCACCGAAUCAAAGUCUCCACCCCACAUUCUCUAAGCAUUCUUUCGUCGUCAAGCCCACCGUCUGCGGGAAGAUUCAGGAGCGGCUAUGACAACUCCGUUAUCAAGCCGCUCAUUAGCUUCUUAAGAGCAACGAACUCGGAUUUCAUGGUAAACACAUACCCAUUCUUCGGGUUCAGCCCUGAAACCUUGGAUUACGCCUUGUUCAGACCCAACAACGGCGUGAUCGACCACAACACGAAUCUUUUGUACACAAAUAUGCUGGAUGCACAGCUUGAUGCGGUAUUUUCGGCAAUAAAGUUGUUAGGGUUCGACGAUGUUACCAUCGUGGUGGCCGAGACCGGUUGGCCGUCGGUCGGCGAUCCUUGGCAAGUUGGUGUUGACAUAGAAAAUGCUCGGGACUACAACAAGAACUUAGUUCGGCAUUUGGCUUCUGGCAUGGGCACGCCUCUGAUGCCGAAUCGGACUUUCGAGGCGUACAUUUUCGCGCUUUUUAAUGAGAAUCUGAAGCCUGGGCCGGUGUCCGAGAGAAAUUUCGGACUUUUUCAGCCGGAUAUGAGCCCUGUGUAUGACAUUGGGAUCUUGAAAAAUGAGGCAAGAAUACCAAGAUCAAUGUCGCCCCCGAUGAAUCCAACCAUGAAUUCAGGAGGAAAAAGAUGGUGCCUACCGAAACCAAACGUCGACCCGAAGUCGUUGCAGGAGAACAUUGACUACGCCUGCGGUCAGGGCAUCAACUGCAGUCCGAUUCAGUCUUCGGGUGCGUGUUUCCUUCCGAAUACAGUCAAGGCUCAUGCAGCUUAUGCCAUGAAUGAGUUUUAUCAGGUUUAUGGGAGGAAUUUCUUUGAUUGUGAUUUUGGACAAACUGGAAUUGUUACUAGUGUUAAUCCAAGCUAUGGAAACUGCAAAUACAACGCGUGAGAAGAAUUCAGAACAUAAUCCUUGAAGUGUUUAUUAUUAUUAUUAUUAUUAUUUUAAAAUUUUUGAGUUAAAAUGUGACAUUCACUUGUAAAUGAUGUCAUUCAGCAAGAUGUAUUUGAUAGAUGGAAUAUGUAAG